AUUAGCUUUGAUUUUAUUCACAAUCAAGUGAAAACACUUGAACAUUUGCCUAGCUAUUCUGUGCAUUGAGUCGGAGCUACUUCAACGCUUGGAUUGUGAAGAUUUGAUCAAUCAAUUCGCGGAAAAAAUCCAGACGUGUUUGCAUUUAAAAUGAUGUAUCGAAACUAUCUGUCAGCAAUAAUCUUGUUCAUUCAUUGAAAUUUUUAAAUGUAGAUUUAAAGUUUUGUCAAGUGAUUUUGUUCAUUAUUUAGACUUACGGCAUGGAAAGAAAAAAGCAAGAAGUCAACCAAAAAAUUUGAUGAGUCGAAAAUUAAAUUCCCGACUGGGAGCUGAUAAGAAAAGUGACGAAAAGCAGAUUGAAGGGAAAAGGCUUAAAAAACCUUCAUAUUUGUUGAACUAUUAUAUUGAAAAUAGUAGCAUUCAUGGUUUGAGAUAUGUAUUAGAUCCACAGUUUUACACCAUUGAGAGGUUCGUUUGGUUUCUAUUUUUCGUAACGUCGAUUGUAGCUACAACUUAUGCUGCUUGCAUUGUGACAGCCCAAUUUCAAGAUGCACCAACAGUUACUGUGAUAGAAUCGACAAGCUAUAAAGUAUCCAGUAUACCAUUUCCAGCUGUAACAAUUUGUCCACGGGAUCGAGUAGACUGGAAAAAAGCGAUGGAGGCAGAAAGAGACUUCGUGCCCUCAAAUAAUACAAAUUCUAUUCAAUUAUUUCGAAAAUUGCUUACAACUUUAUCAAGUAUGGCCUUUGCGCGGUUUUAUGAAGUUAAUUUUCUACUAAAUGCAUCACUUAUGGAGCUUGGGGAUAUAAAUGUUACUAACCUUCUUUUCAAAGUCGUUCCAAGCUGCAAGGAUAUAUUGUCAGCAUGUUGGUGGCGUUAUGAUGACAAGGAAUGUUGUGAAAUUUUUGAAUUACAAAAGACUGAAUAUGGAUUUUGUUAUUCAUUCAAUUCUGCUACAUCAGAAAAGUUGCGUACUGUCACAAAAGGUAUUGAGAUAACAUCUGGGUACGGUGACCGAAGUGGACUAAAAUUUACCUUGCAUUUGGGAAAAACUACCUCACCACCCACCCGAGAUAUUAUUCGUGGUGGGACUCUACUUAUAAAUCAUCCAGAAGUAUGGCCAAGUACGGGUCAAGCAAUAGCAGCUGGGAUGUCGCUUAGUGUAAAUUUAAGGUGCACUUCCGGGUACGCAACUAAAGAGGUUCUUAAUCUUCGCCCAGAAAAAAUUCCUUGCAGAUAUGGCACCAAUAAGAAGAUCUACAAUCAGGAAACAUGUAUUUCUGAUUGUAGACGUAUGCAUGUCAAUAAACAUUGUACAUGCAACCCGUCGUAUUAUUUUCAAACAAGCCAAACUCGGGAGUGCAAUGUAAAGGAUUUUAUUUGCUUGAUUAAACACAAUGAAAUUUUCACAAAUUAUCAAAUACCGGGAGACAUUCAACAAAUCGAAGAUGAGGAGCCGAUAAUGUUUUGUAACUGUCCACCUUCCUGCGAUUUUUACAAUUACAUGACAAACAUUUUGGCUAUACCCAUUGAUGAGAAGAACGAUAUAAUGCUGGACAUACAUUAUGAAGGACCCACAAGUAUACGCUAUAAAAUGGAAGUUGUUCUUACGAGUCUAAAUUUAUUGGUGGCCUUUGGUGGAAUUUUUGGCCUAUUUUUGGGUGGAUCGAUAUUGAGCAUAGUUGAAUUCGUUUACACCUGUCUUGUUGGAGUGUGUGGUCGUUGUUAUCAACAUUUCAGAAAGAAAAGACCUUCUAGCAAAGAUCUUCCCCGGGUUACUCUCAGAAUGUAUACAACAGAUUUUCCUCCUACACAAUGAAAUACAAUUUUGCACUAAUGUGCAAAGUAUUAAUCAAAUAUUUAUGAAUGAAUAUUUUACUUCUGUGAUUUUACUGCAUAAUUUAAAAUUAAAUUUUAUAUAAAUAGACGUGAAAUUCGGCAGUUUGAUGAGAAAUGAUAUAUUUUCAUGCAAUUUUCCUUUAAUUCCUUCACG